AACAGCUCUUCACAGUAACUCACAGCAACAACAUCACCAACACCACAAAUCUUCACUCCAACCGCCAUCAUGUACACCAACAUCGCCCUCGCUCUUGCUCCCCUCCUCUACCUCGCCCACGCCGACGUCAGCCUCGACCGGGACGACAUCCCCAGGGCCUGCGAUGCCAUCUGCGACCCCAUCGUCGAGCUGACCCGCAAGUGCGACACCGACCUCCGCGGCGACCAAGACCGCGUGGAGGAUCGCCUCGAGGCUCAGUGUGUCUGCACAAACGACUCUUUUGACGUCGGUCGCGUCGCUGCUCUCUGCGCCGACUGCAUUCGCCAGAACUGGCGGGAUGAUGAUGAUGACGAUGAUGAUGAUGACCAGCGUGAUCACAUGGAGGACAUUGACGAUAUCCUCUACACCUGCGGCUUCUCCUCCACCAGCUACGUAGCCUCCUCGGCCUCAGGCAUCGUCGCCAGCAUCACCGUCGAUGCCACCCGCCCCACAGACGCAAGCCAGCUCACCACCACCAUCACUGGCGGCAGCGCAGCCCGCGGAACCGACAGCGCCGCGACAGCCACCAGCAACAACAAUGACAACAGCGAUGACAACAGCGCUUCUGCCACCAACGACUCUUCCAGCCCAGAUGAGACCAACGCUGCUGCCGGUCUUGCACCUUAUGGUGUUGGUGCUGCUGUUGUCGGAGCUGCCCUGAUGCUUGCUUAGAUGGGUUAAUUUGGGAGAGAGAAAUAUGAGGGUGUUAUUUGUCUUCGCGUAAUGACUGUCGUUAUAGAUGUAUGUUUUGGAUGAGUUACGAUGUAACCUAGACUGUAUUCUGGAGAGUUUAACUCUUAUUUAAUGAAUGCAAUGACUUAUCAAUUGAGA